AUGGCCUCAAUUACACGAUCCGCGAUGUUACCAAAGACUUGCCUCUCCGCGGCUACAAAGCGCGCCUUUUCUACGAAGCUCUCCACCAAUUCCCCCACCAUCAACAUCAACAAGACGUCCUCGAUUGUCUCCCGCAAUGCGCUCCCAGUGUCCAUGCGAGUAGCAGCUUUCCACGCAAGUGGCAGACGGGCAAUUCUCCCCCCUCUCCCCCAGGUCAUUCAAGGAACUGCAAACGACCCAGCCCCCGUGCCCCCCGCGAAUCCAUCACACGGCUCUUACCACUGGACCUUUGAGCGCCUGGUCUCAGUCGGUCUCAUCCCCCUCACGAUAGCUCCAUUUGCGUCCGGAUCGUUGAAUCCAACCAUGGACGCCAUCCUCUGCGGCUCAAUACUUAUCCACUCGCACAUCGGUUUCGAAGCUUGCAUAAUCGACUAUAUUCCCACACACCGUCUGCCCAAGACCCGAAAGCUGGCUUGGUGGACGUUGAGAGCUGGCACGGUCUUGUGUGGAGUCGGCCUGUACGAGUUUGAAACAAACGAUGUUGGUGUUACGGAGGCCUUGAAGAGGAUUUGGGUGGCAUAG